AUGGAUUCUAAAAACUAUGAUUUGGAUGAGUUUUUUCCUUCCAUUUCCUUUGAUUGUUUAUAUGAUCCGAACCCCAACAACCCUUCAGUUUUCAUAUAUGAAUUGGAUUCUCUACAUGAAUCUCAAUUGUUACUAUCAGAUAUCGAUCAUAAUAAUGGUUUGGUUUUGAAGUGUAACGGUUCUAUGAAAUGCGUCACUGACCAAGACCCUCUUUUUGAUCCAUUGGAGGAACAAGUGUUAUCUGAAUCAGCAUUGACCUCAUUGUGCAUAAUGAACAAUGCAAUGGAAAAUCAACAUUCUAAUCAAGUGAUUAUGGCAGAAGCUGAUUUUCCAUCAAAUUCUGAGGUAUCCAAGAAUUUGUUAGAGCGAAUUGAUGUGUCAGAAGAGUUCUUGAACUUCACUUCAUUGGACGAAAUUUGCCAAUGGUUUGAUGCUUCACAAGAGGAUAAUAACUCAAACACAUUUCCUGAAUCAAUGCAAUGUGAUGCUACUUCCUUUUCUUGGAAAUCAGUUAAGGAUAGCUAUGAGAAUUGUCUAUUGGGAAGCAUGGAACCCGAGUUGAAUUUGAUUGCACCAGUGGCGAUGAGUUCUGCUGAUGAUACUGCCAGCUUUGAAUGCCUAUCAGAGUUUGAUUUUGAUGCGCUAACAGGCUUAUUGUCAGAUUCAUCAAUUGAAGAGCUUUUGAAUUGUGAAGAAGCAAAUUGCAACAACCCUUUGAAUAAUGGUUCUAGUGCUGUUUUGGAGUUAUCAUCAGAAAAUAAUAAAAUGGAGAUGAUGGAGAACAUUUCAAAUCCAAUGAACUUCACAAAAAAUCUUGCUUGGUUUCAAGCUAGAAAUAACUUGACCCAGCCGGUUCCGGAUUUGGACACAGCAAACAAAAUCAAGAGAAAGAAAGAGGAGCCGAAAAAACCUAGCAAGAAGAAGGACAAGGCAGGGGAGUGUAGUCGGCCACGACCAAAAGAUCGCCAGAGGAUUCAAGACUGCAUUCAACAAUUGAGAACAAUCAUCCCUGGCAAGGAUGUUAAAGAGUGUAGCAUUGAUAAUUUGUUAGAGUGCUCCAUCAGAUACAUGAGUUUCUUGUCAAGCACUGCACACUAUGCAAACAAGCUACAAGAACCAGAUAAGCCUAAGGUAACUAAUUAAUCAAACUAUUUACAUAUUCUUAGUGUUCAUCAUAUGAUUGGACUUGUUUGGAUGUGUUAAGCUUAUUGAACAGGCAAAUGGAGUGGUUCUACAAGAGAGUAGUGUGGAAGGUAGCAAACAUUAUGGAACAUGGUCAUUUGAAGAGCCACAUCAAACAUUGUUAUGCCCAAUUAUAGUUGAGGAUAUGGCUCAUCCUGGCCAAAUGCUUAUAGAGUUGCUUUGUGAGGAGGAAGGGUUCUCUCUUGAGUUGGUUGACACAAUUAAGGGUCUUGGUUUGAAUAUCCUGAAAGCAAAGAUGGAAACAAGGAACAGAAAACUAUGGGCACGCUUUAUCGUUGAGGCCAAUAGACAUGUGACAAAGAUAGAUGUGUUUUGGUCCCUUCUCCAUCUUGUAGAGCAGAAAAACUCCUCAAGAACUGGAAUGGAUUCAUCAACUAAUAAUAACAAACAUUGCAAUGAAAUGAAUGAUGGCAGUGUUUCAAGAUUGGACAAACAACAACAAGAGAAAGAGAGUUGCAACUUUUUUAUGUCCAUGACAGAGGCACUAAGCUUCAGUGGUUGAUAUUUCAGAAAAUCAACAAUGAAAGAUUAGAAUCAUAGUGUGUACAUAGAUGAUAGAUUAAGGAUACACUUAGCAGAAGCUUCAUUUGGAUAACCACUAAUUUAUUUUUUUCCCUUUUGUGCUGUGAUGAUGUUUCAUUAUAUAAUCUAGAUUAGAAGAUUCACUUCUAGGUCUGUUGUUGAAACUGAGCACAUGACAGAUUCCGAGAUAUUUGAUUGAAUCUGACAUGCUGGAAUAAGACUUUUAGGAGCACUUGGAAUAAGACUUUG